CCCCCCCCCCCCCCCGCAGUGGACCGAUGUCCUGGACAGUUUCUGCGAUGACGAGUUUGGGGUGAAGACGCGCCAGUUCCACUGCUGCCGCCGGCACGGGGCCGCGCGGCGCCGCUGCUUCGCCGACGCCACCGCCGACGCCGCCACCCAGAUCACCGAGGUGACCCAGGUGACCGUGUGGGACGUCUCCGGCGAGCCGUCCUUCCCCCCCGGCGAACCCACGGCCGCCAACAUGGACAACAUCUGCCUCCUGCGGGGGCUGCGGCCCGGCCCCCGCGGCCUCCCCGGGCCUCGCGUGCGCUUCCACACCCGCCUGGAGCGCGACUUCGGCCGCUGCUGCCAGAACACCAGCCUCGAGUGCGCCCACGCCGCCUGGCAGAAGGGCCUGGAUCGCUACUGCCGGGAGGAGGGGGGGGUGAAGACGGGCCAGCACCGCUGCUGCCAGCGGGGAGGGGGCCGUGCCCGCAGCCGCUGCUUCGCCGCUGCCGCCCCCCACCCUGCCUACGACCGCGAGCUGCACAACGUCAGCCUGGCCCGGAUGGGCCCUGCCAUGCUGCGCACCCUCUGCGGCCCCAUGCGGCUGCUCAGCAAGAGGUGGGUGACUGGGGGGGGGGGGCACCCCAUAGCCUAGGGACCCCCUCCUGCCCCUCCCCAUUUCCCCAG